GAUGGUGGCCUGCUGUUCCCGCGCCUGACAGGGCGGCACGCAAAACCUUAAAUUAGAGUGAAUAAAUGAAGAUUCGGCACACCACUUCUGAAAGUUUGCCGACCCCUGAAUUAGAUAAAGAAAUAUUACAAGACAUCAUACAGUGAAUGAGGGGCAUACUUCACAGAGGUUUCUGAUAACAGGACAAAAAUUUGCAAUUAUUUGAAUUGAAGCCAGCUCCAUAAAACUGUCUUCACAAUACACAAAGAAUACAAACUAUGAAGGUCUUCUGUGGAAGGGCCAAUCCAACCACAGGUUCUGUGGAAUGGUUAGCGGAAGAUGAGAACUAUGACUACCAUCAGGAGAUUGCAAGAUCAUGCUAUGCAGACAUGCUGCAUGACAAAGACAGAAAUCUGAAGUAUUACCAGGGCAUCCGUGCUGCAGUGAGCAGAGUGAAAGAAAGGAGUGAGAAAGCAAUUGUUCUAGACAUUGGGACUGGCACCGGACUCCUGUCCAUGAUGGCAGUUACAGCAGGUGCAGACUUCUGCUAUGCCAUUGAGGUCUUCACGCCUAUGGCUAUUGCUGCAGUGAAGAUAGUGGAGAAAAAUGGCUUUAGUGACAAGAUCAAGGUAAUCAACAAGCACUCCACUGAAGUCACAGUUGGGCCAGACGGAGACAUGCAGUGUCGUGCAAACAUCCUGAUAACAGAACUAUUUGAUACAGAGCUGAUAGGAGAAGGGGCUUUGCCAUCCUAUGAACAUGCCCACAAAUAUCUUGUACAGGAAGGAUGUGAGGCAGUGCCGCACAGGGCAAGAGUAUAUGCCCAGUUAGUGGAAUCCAAAAGAAUGUGGUCCUGGAACAAGCUAUUUCCUGUUCACGUCCAAGCAGAAGAUGAUGAGAAAAUUAUUGUCUUCCCUUCAGAAAUAGAGAACUGUCCUGGUGUUCCUUCGGUCUAUGAUAUCCAGCUAAACCAGGUGCCUCGGAGUGACUUCACUGUCCUCAGCGAUGUUGUGACUAUGUUCAGUGUGGAUUUCAGUAAGCAAGUAAACAGCUCCUCAACCUAUUACACAGUGAAGUUGGAGCCCAUAAAAUCCGGCAUGGCACAAGUGAUCCUCUCCUGGUGGGAUGUUGACAUGGACCCCUCUGGGAUGAUAAAAUGUACUAUGGCACCAUACUGGGUACAACCCACCUCUAAUGAUGUCCAGUGGAGAGAUCAUUGGAUGCAGUGUGUAUAUUUUCUUCCAAAUGAGGAGCCAGUUCUUCAGGGUGAGAAUGUGUACCUGACUGCAUACCGUGAUGAAUAUUCCGUGUGGUAUAAGCUCCAGAAGGCCAGAAAUGAAGAGGACAAAAAAGAUGCUUAUGUUGGGAGUCCUCUUUGUAGCUGUCAGGCUCAUCUGCUUUGGAACAGGCCACGCUUUGGAGAGCUAAAUGAUCAGAAUCGAACAAACCAGUACAUCCAGGCUCUGAUGACAGUGCUGGAAAAAGACAGUAUUUGCCUCUGCAUCAGUGAUGGCAGCCUGCUUCCUCUGCUGGCUCAGUAUCUUGGAGCAGAGCGGGUGUUUACAGUAGAGAACUCUGCAGUAUCCCAUUGUCUCAUGGAGAAAAUAUUUAAAGCCAACCAUGUAGGAGAUAAAAUUAAAAUAAUAGAGAAACGUCCUGAAUUACUGACUGCUUCUGAUUUGGAAGAUAAAAAGGUCUCAGUCCUCAUUGGAGAACCGUUUUUCACUACAAGCCUGUUACCAUGGCACAACCUCUACUUUCUGUAUGCUAGGACAGCGGUGGCAGCCCACCUCACAAAUGGUGUCACUGUCCUGCCACAGUCUGCUUCCCUUUACAUGAUGGUCGUGGAGUUCAAGGACUUGUGGCGAAUUCGAAGCCCAUGUGGUACCUGUGAAGGGUUUGAUGUUCACAUUAUGGAUGACAUGAUUAAGAAUUCUCUGAAUUUUAGGGAGUCCAAAGAGGCAGAGCCUCACCCAUUGUGGGAAUACCCUUGCAAAUCACUGUCUGACCCCCAAGAGGUUAUGACAUUUGACUUCAGACUGACUGUACCACAACAAACUCUCAGCACAGAUGGCUCUGUAAAUCUGUUAAGGGCUGGGAAGAGCCAUGGAGCAGUUCUAUGGAUGGAAUAUCAUCUGACUGCUGAUAUCUCAGUGAGCACAGGACUUGUGCAGAUUUCAGAUGAAAAGGGCAGUUGCAAAUGGAAUCCCCACUGCAAGCAAGCUGUCUAUUUCUUCAGUUCUGCACUUGAACCAGAAACUCUGACAGACCUCCCUAGUGCUAUCACGUACGCUAUACAUUUUAACCCAAAGACAGGCGAGAUUGCCAUGAGUUUUAAACCAUUAUCAUAAAACAUUCUGCUUUUAC